ACAUGGUGAUAUUUAUUUACUAUCUAGUUUUGUCCUGUUAUUCCCGAAGAUGUCAAUAGUCCAAAUGUGGAGUGAUGUAAUUAAUAAUUUGAAUGCAGUGUGACCAUUAAUAUCGUCUAAAUGUGAAUAAUAGUUAUUUUAAAACUAUUCAGCUGUGUAGUUGGUGAAAGGACUUGGUCCUAUAAACUAUUCAAGAUUUUAUAGGUUGUUCUAUAGUUAAUUAUGUGGAAUUUUUAUGCUAUCAUCUUUUUGACUUUGGCUUCAUUUGGAAAUUCUGAUAUUCUUAUUUUUGAUGGGGGUGUAAUUGUUGAUGAAUUUGCAGAUGUUGAAUUGGAAUUUUCUAAGCCUGUUGGCAGAUAUGGUAUUGAGGGUGUUAUAGUAAGUGCUAAUCCGCUUGAUGCUUGCUCAGAGAUUUCAAAACCACCUAACUCAAAUUAUUCAGAAAACUGGAUUGUAUUGAUCGACGGCAGUUAUUGUGAUUAUCACACCAAGGUGAUGUAUGCUGAUUUAGCAGGGUAUUCUGCUGCUGUUAUUUAUAAUUACAGAACGAAGGAAGAAGUGAUUUAUGAUCAUCACUUAGAUGUGAUAUUCAACAUUUCUGCAGUAACAGUAAGAGCCAGUAGUGGCAUCAUGAUAAGAGAAAAUUACUUGUAUACAGUCGAUAAAAGAUUCAGAAUAUUCAUCUAUCCUAAUUAUAUGUCUGGCUUCACAACAUUCCUUCUUCUCUUUGUUAUUGUGAGUGGAAUCUUCAUUCUUAUUGUCCUUUCAAUUUUGGUUUCGGAUUGUGCUGGCACCCAGUCCUUUGUACUCAAAGCGUCUUGUAUUUACAGCGAGAUCGUUAAAUAUGUGCAGCAUUCUCAUUCCUAUCGUGAGGCUCGUCUGAGUUCGCAGCAUUUGCGACAACUCCAAGUUUCCACGUAUCAAAAAGGUGGCCCUUAUGAAACGUGUGCUAUAUGCUUAGAAGAUUACAAAAUGAAGGAUAAACUUAGAAUUUUACCCUGUGCUCAUGGGUAUCAUGUUAAAUGUAUUGAUCCUUGGCUUACAAAGAGUAAAAGAAUUUGUCCCAUUUGCAAGCAGAAAGUUGUUGUAAGUGGUGACCUUUCUAGAGAAGAUGCUGAAUCUGAUGUAGAAAGUAGAGCUGAAUCGACUCCUUUGCUUCGUAACGUCGAGCCUAUGCAGACCACUAGCUACCAAACAAUGCCUUCACCUCGAAGUGCCCAACCUAGCUGCAGUGUUGGAACCAUGACGCAAGAUAUUUCAGAUAGUAGCAGAGAAAAUUCUUUGUAAACAUAACUGAAUUUCAUGGGUAUGAUCGAAUUCAUGAGUUUUUCUCAAAUGUUUUUUUAGCAAUUUCUUAAUGAAUUAUACUGAAAAUAUCUUACAAAAAAACUAUUGUGCCAUUAUACUUCCUGGCAUUUUGUAUUAAUAUUGUUUUCUUCCAUUUUCUUGCUUUUUGUAGAUGUUUCAUGAGAAAUUUAUUAAUUUGCUUUUAACCUCGUGUGUUAAUGAAAAUUUUGUGAUCUUAAUCUUUAAUAGAAGUUGCCAGAGAAGCUUGUUACAUGAAAUUUGAGUGUGUCAUUUUUAUACAUAUUCUUUAUUUAAGUGAAUGAAAAAACUACUCAUAUGUAAUCAUUUCCUUUUUUAUUUUGUAUCAAUAAUGAUAUCUCACUUACAAUUAAUUGUUGCUUAUAUGAAAUGUAAAAUCCUUUUUUUCUGUGAGAAACUGUUUUAUGAGUUAUCAGAAUUAACUUCACAAAUAUUGUUUUAAUUUUUAAAGAAUAUCAACAAUGUAUAGAUUGCAUUUUUGAAGAUCUACUGAAAUAUGUGUAUAUUUUUAGUUGAAUGCAUGUUUUUAAAAAAUUUUAGCAGUUAUUUUAAAUUAUAAUGACUGAAAGUUGAUUGGAAUUUCAAGAUAUUGGUGAAUAUUUUAAAGAGUGUAAAUGAAAAAUACUGAUGAAGAAAAUAUUAUGCUUUCAAAAUACUAAUUAGUCAUGUCAUUUAUAAUCUGCUCUCAAAAUAUUAAUUACACACUUUUUUUAAUAUGUGGAUACAUUGUUCAAUUCUACAUAUUUAAACUGUAUCUUAUAGGUCCCAUGUUUUGUGUACAGACUUUACAGAAGACGGCUUGGGCCAAUUUGUUCCAAAAUCUCAUUUAGUUUUGGAUAUAACAAUUUUAUCGAAAUUUUCCAUGGUUGUUUUUGCAUUUAUAUAUUAACUGGUGCUCCAUUUAUGAUGAUACAUUUGCAAUAAAAUUAUGAAGUGUAGUCUGUUUUGAUAAAUUUAAGCAAAAUAUUACCUUUUUUGUGAUACCUUGACAGAUCUGCACUCAAAUACAUUCCUUUAUAGAUUAGUGUGGUUUAAAGUGUAAAGUGUAAGAUUUAAUCAGUAUUUUAAUCUUUUUUAAUCCUUUGAUGCAUUCCUGAACUGAUCAAAAUUUUGUAUGAUCAAAAUCUAUUUGUAUGCAUGUUAUCAUUGUUAAUAUUUUAAAAAACAUUUGGAAAUGCACAUAUGGUUGUUCAAUUAAAUGAAGAUUAUUUGUAUUAGAAAUUCUUCAUGAAACUUCCUCUUUAUGCCAAAAGAAUAUAAAUGUAUGCUGUAGUGUUAAAAUGCUUAAAGAUGUUGAAUGUAAACAUCAUCGACAGUUUAGAGCAGAAACGUAACUGAUUAUUAUCACAUAUUACUAUAAAGCUAUUUAAAGAAUAAAAAUUAUUUCUUAAAUAAAAAAUACAAUUUUAACAAAACUCUUUAGAAGUUGAAAUCAUUGACAAUACACUUUAAAGUAAAUUCACUUGAGACUAAAUUUUAAAUGGUAGUUGUCUGAUUUAAGUGAAAGUAUGAGUUUCUGCUCUAAGCUAACUGUAUAUUUUUGUAGGAAUUAAAGAACCAAUCACUUUUUGUAUAUAUUCAAUGUGACCAAUACAAUAAAAUUUAAUUUUUUUUA